AUGGGAAAGAAAAUCUCGUCAGAUGGCCACCAUGCCCUUCUCAGCAAAGGGAAGGAGGACGAAAUGGAGAUAUUUGGCUACAAGACCCAAGGUUUCCGGAGGGCUCUGUGCCUUUGUGGGUCCUUCUUCUCCUUUGGAGGCCUCUGGCUCCUCUUCUCCUGGAAGCCAGAGUGGGACGUCUGGGCAAACUGCACUCCCUGCGACCUGGAGGAGGCCGACACCCUUUUGCUACGGACAACGGAUGAGUUUAAAAAAUACAUGAGGAAGAAGGUGAUUUGGCUCGAAUUGCUGAGUCUCUUGGAGAGUGAAAAACUGGAUGGUAUUUUUGACAGAGAUUGGGAAUCUGUCAUAAGCAGAGCCAUUGCGAGGCCUGGCCUGAAGGUGAGGUGCGUCCAGGUGCAGAAAGUCCGCUACGCCUGGGACACUCUGGAAAAGGCCUUUGUCAGGGUUGGGUCCCUUGAGGACAACACCUCUUGCUACGAAGUGCACCAGAAAUUUGGAGAAGGGCUGACAAGGAAACAGAGAGACGUUAGGAAGGUGGUUUGUGGACCCAACACCAUGGAUGUCGAAGUCCGUCCGGUCUGGAAACUGCUUCUCAAAGAGAUUGUGAACCCCUUCUACCUCUUCCAAGACUUCACCCUGAUCCUCUGGCUGGCCCAAGGCUACCUCGAGUAUUCCAUUGCCAUCAUCGUCCUGACUGGCCUCUCCAUCGGCCUCACCGUCUACGACCUCCGACAGCAAUCGGUCAAGCUGCACAACCUGGUGAAGGAGUACAACAAGGUCCGCGUCGUGGUCUUAACGAAAGAUGAAGGUAGCCAUACGUCGGAGUCCCGCCACUUGGUCCCUGGAGACAUCCUGCUCUUGGAAGGCCAGAAGCUCUCCCUGCCCUGCGAUGCCAUCCUCAUCGAUGGAGGCUGCGUGGUGGACGAGGGCAUGCUCACAGGGGAGAGUGUCCCAGUGACCAAGACCCCCUUGCCUCACAUCGACAACACUGUGCCCUGGAGGAAACACUGUGGAGAAGACUACCGGCGGCACGUCCUCUUCUGCGGCACGGAGGUCAUCCAGACCAGGCGGUCAGGCAACGGUCCGGCCAGAGCAGUAGUCCUGCAAACGGGUUUCAACACAGCCAAGGGAGACCUGAUGCGGUCCAUCCUUUACCCGAAGCCCUUGAACUUCAGGCUCUACAAAGAGGCCUUCAAAUUCAUUGUCUGCCUGGCUCUGGUUGGGAUCCUGGGGCUGAUCUACGCAGCUUGUGUGUACGUGAGCCACAAGGAACCUGUUGGAGACACGGUGGCGAUGGCGCUCCUCCUCAUGACCAUCGCCAUCCCUCCGGCCAUUCCGGCCGCCUUGACCACUGGCGUUGUCUAUGCCCAGCGGAGGCUGAAGAAGAAGAAGGUCUUUUGCAUCAGCCCACAAAGGAUCAACAUCUGUGGCCAGAUCAACCUGGUCUGCUUCGACAAGACUGGCACUCUGACAGAGGAUGGGCUCGACCUCUGGGGCUUCCUGCCUUGUGAAAACCAGAGUUUCCAGCCGGUCCACCGCUUCUCCGGCCGCCCUUUGCCCUGGGGACCGCUGUGCCAGGCCAUGGCCACCUGCCAUUCACUCCUGCUUUUGGACGGGAAGAUUCAGGGGGACCCCAUGGACCUCAAGAUGUUUGAGGGAAGCGGAUGGGAGCUGGAAGAGGAGAGGUGCACAGGUGCGCCAGAGGCAUGCGUUGCUGUUGUGAAGCCAGGACCUGCUGCUUCCCAGGCCCCCCUGGAAGGCAUGGCCAUCCUGCGCCAGUUCCCCUUCUCUUCUUCUCUGCUGCGGAUGUCGGUCAUCACCCAAGAACUGGGGAAGAAGGAGGAGGAGGACGCCUGCCAUCUCUACAUGAAGGGAGCCCCAGAGGUGGUGGCCAGCCUUUGCCAGCCAAUGACCGUUCCCCCGAAUUUCAAAGUGGAGCUGAGGCCCUUCACCUCGCAGGGCUUCCGGGUCAUUGCCUUGGCCCACAAGGAGCUGCUGCCCCUGGAGAGAGCAGUCAGCCUGGGCGGCCUGGAAAGGGACCAAGUGGAGUCCAGCCUGACCUUCCUGGGGCUCCUCAUCAUGGAGAACCGGCUGAAGAGCGAGACCAAGCCCGUCCUGGAGGAACUCAGCUGUGCCCGCAUCCGGAGCGUCAUGGUCACAGGAGAUCAUCUUGAGACGGCCGUCACGGUCGCCAGGACCUCUGGCAUGGUCUCCAGGGGCAGCAGAGUCAUCCUGGUGGAGGCCAUGGAGGCCGAGGGGGAGCACUGUCCGGCGUCCAUCACUUGGCGGACGCUGGAGGAUGCGCAGCCAGGGAUGGAGAAAAGCCAGGAUCCCUGCAUCACCGUUGAUGGCAAGAGCAACUUCCACUUCGCCUUGGAUGGGAAGACCUACCAGCUCCUUCAGAAAUACUUCAGCACUUUGCUACCCAAGAUCCUUGUGAAUGGAACUGUGUUUGCAAGAAUGCCUCCUGCGCAAAAGUCCAGCCUCAUUGAAGAAUUUCAGAAACUGGAUUACUACGUGGGGAUGUGUGGAGACGGAGCCAACGACUGCGCGGCUUUGAAAAUGGCCCACGCAGGGAUCGCCCUUUCAGACCAGGAGGCCUCUGUGGCGUCACCCUUCACCUCACAAAUCCCCAACAUCGAAUGCGUGCCGCAACUCAUACGGGAAGGCCGUGCUGCUCUUGUGUCCUCCUUCGCCGUGUUUAAAUACCUGGCGCUUUAUGGAAUGGCGCAGUUCAUCGGUACCUCUCUGCUCUUCUGGCAAACCCAGAUCUUUGGGAAUUACCAGUACCUCCUGCAAGACGUCUGCAUCACCCUCGUCGUCUGCCUCACAAUGAGCUUGAACCAUGCCUAUCCCAAGCUGGCCCCCCACCGGCCUCCGGGACGCCUCCUCGCACCGUCGCUGUUGCUCUCCAUCGUCCUCAACGUCUGCUUCACGCUCGUGGUCCAGGUCUUCGCCUUCCUCUUCGUGAAGCAGCAGCCAUGGUACUCCCAGCUGCGCAGCCACAGGGGUUGCCCCUCCGGGAGCCAUCCCCUCUUCCCAGGCGACAAUGGGACGAUGGUCAACGCCACAGAGCCAGAGGAGCACCGCGUCCUGAGCUACGAGGACACCACCCUUUGCCACCUGGUCACCCUCAACUGCCUCAUUGUGGCCUUUGUCUUCUCCAAGGGCAGACCCUUCAGGAAGCCCAUCUACACAAACUAUGUCUUCUCCUGCCUCCUGGGCCUCCAGCUUGGGGUCUCCUUGUUUCUUGUCUUUGCCGACAUAGAAGUUGUCUACAAAGGGAUGGAGCUUCUCUGCAUCCCAACCAUCUGGAAGGCCUACCUUCUGGUUAUGCUGGCGGUCACCUUUGGUGUUUCAUUAUUUGUGGAGGACGCCAUCUUGCAAAACUACCGCCUCUGGCUCUGGAUCAAGGCCCUCUUUCGGUUCCGAUCGUCUAGCCGCUACCGGAAGCUGCAGAGGCGGCUGGAGAGAGAUGCGACAUGGCCACCCACGGAGCAUGGAAACGUUGCGGCAGGGAGAAAAAGCCAGGCCUACGCCAACCCCGUCUAUGAAAACAGCGAAGAGAACUAG